UACCCCGAGCAGCUGCACGCCGGCGCAGUGGGGCUCGGCCCCGAAUACGGGCGCGGCGUCACCACCGGCGACAAGCUCGCAGGCUACAAAGACGAACUGAAGGGCAAGGUCCUCCGCAAGCCCGACGUCGCGCAGCACGGGCACGACCUGCGCACGGGCGAGCUCAAGCGGCGGGAGCAGGCGCAGGAUGACGACGGCGUGCGUCCCAACGCGGACGUGCAGAGCGGCGACGGAGGGCGCCCGGACCUCCCGAAGAGCAACAGCAACCAGCGGACUGCGCAGCCGCCCAGCGUCGGGGACACCGCGCACCCGACGGAGCGCGGGCGGUACGAGCAGGCAUCGAGCGUCGCGCCCGAGGGC